CGCAUUUUUAUUUUUUACAAUUCAUUUGAUUCGAAUCAAUAUUCAAAUGGAUUUCAUACUUGUAAACGAGGCUUAAAAUUUAAAUGUGUAUUGUAAAAAUAUAGACCCUUAAAGGCUAACCUCGCUCUAGUACAGAUCCAUACUCGCCACCGCCAGCGGCAGCUUCCGACGAGGUUUUACUGACGGAAUGAACUUUACGGCACAAGAAUGAAGAGAAAAGGAGAAAUGAAAAAAGUUAUAAAGGUUAAAGAUAAGGUCAACGAUGGUCAAGAUGAUGAUCCUUGGUGGUGGUUAGUUCAAGAAGGGAUCAGACCCUCCUUCCUUUGUAUAUCCCUUUUCGCGCUAUUGGUACGUGUCGCUGUUGGUCUUCACCCAUAUUCCGGUGCCGGUACUCUGCCCAAGUUCGGUGAUUAUGAGGCGCAGAGGCAUUGGAUGGAGAUCACUCUUAAUCUUCCACCAAAAGAUUGGUAUCGCAACAGUAGUGUUAACGAUCUUUCUUAUUGGGGUCUUGAUUAUCCGCCAUUAACUGCUUACCAGAGUUACGUUCAUGGGGUUUUCCUUAAAACCUUCGAUCCUGACUCCGUUGCACUCUUCACUUCACGAGGCUAUGAAUCUUAUCUUGGGAAAUUUCUAAUGAGAUGGACUGUUUUAUCUUCUGAUGUGCUGAUAUUCUUCCCGGCAGUUCUUUAUUUUGUGUUGGUGUAUCGUUCGAUGCGGUUUGGCAUGGGCCAAAACAGCGAUGUAGCUUGGCACAUUGCAAUGAUUUUACUGAACCCAUGCCUGAUCUUAAUCGAUCACGGUCAUUUUCAGUACAAUUGUAUCAGCUUGGGUCUUACCAUAGCUGCCAUUGCUGCAGCACUCUCUCAAAAGGAUCUUGUGGCUUCCGUGCUAUAUUGUCUUGCUCUCAACCAUAAACAGAUGAGUGCAUAUUUUGCACCUGCCUUUUUUGGCUAUCUAUUGGGUAAAUGCCUGAGGAAAAAGAAUCCACUGCUCGAGGUGACAAAACUGGGAUUGAUGGUUAUAGGAACAUUUGCUGUCGUCUGGUGGCCAUAUCUUCAGUCGAAAGAUGCUGCUUUGGCUGUUCUAUCUCGUCUUGCACCAUUUGAGAGAGGGAUAUACGAGGAUUAUGUGGCUAAUUUUUGGUGCACCAGUUCAGUGCUUGUGAAAUGGAAAAAGUUAUAUUCUACACAAUCAUUGAGGAUUUUUAGCCUUGCUGCAACUCUUAUAACAUGUCUGCCCUCAAUGGUUCAACAAAUCUUUGCUCCGAGCAGUAAGGGUUUUCUCUAUGCGUUGCUUAAUAGUUCUUUCUCGUUCUACUUGUUCUCAUUUCAAGUGCAUGAGAAAUCUAUUCUGCUUCCGCUUCUGCCUCUUACCCUAUUAGCCCUGGAAGAAAGUCGCUUGAUAUUGUGGUUAACACACUUCGCUAUGUUCUCUAUGUUUCCUCUUCUACACCGGGACAAACUGGUUCUAGCGUAUAUGGCUCUUUACGCGCUCUUUAUCCUUGUGUAUUUUGCACCCUGUGGGCCAGGUGGAAGAUGCCACGGCACCAAGACUCUCAAUAAUACCCAAAAGACCAAGAGAAGUGAGGAUUUCAUUACUUCCAUUACUUUCCACCCGCUUGUAAUGGGCUUUCUUGGUUUGUGCUCUCUGAUUCUGCAUGUUAUUUACCUAACCAUGCAUCCUCCGAAUAAGUAUCCUUUCCUUUUCGAAGCAGUGAUCAUGCUUAUCUGCUUCUCUCAGUUUGUCUUGUUUACUUUUUACUUCAAUUCAAAGCAAUGGAUGUUAUCGAAACACCUAACAUCAAAAGAUCAACAAAAGAAGCUUAUUUGAUUGUGCACUAACAUUAACUUUAUGAGACUGAUUUUUACUGGGAUGUAGCAGCAUAUUGAUUUGUUAGUUCUUGGUUGAUGAUCACGAUUUACAUACAUGCAUGUAGGUAUGCUUUCUUGAUGAAUUGGUUUCGAGUAUACAGAACUUAUGUUUGUCUCUUACUAGAUGUUCUCUGGCUAAACUUGCGCCGUCAUAAUGUUAUUUUUAUUUGGUACCAAGUCGGAAUUACAUUAACAGUCUAAAUUUUGGUCACUGGGGUGUCAACAAGGUUCCUUAAACUCUUCUUGUUGACACCGGCAUAAUGUUAUUUGCCCUUUAUGUCUAAAUGAGUCUAAGUAACACUGCUUCAUAGUUUGAUUUCUUCAACAAUUCUAGUCUUAGUUCUUUGUUAUUUAUAUAAUUAAAUGUGUAUUUUUAAACUGAAAUUUUGAGCUCCAAUGAUUUAGUUAGAGAUUUCAACAACUGUAUGUUAAUAGAAAGGCUGAAAACUAAUUGAAGUGUUGUUUUGAUCCGAAGUAUAACUCUGUAGAGAAGGGUUGGAGCGGUUAACAGUCAUUAUAUUAGAUUUAUGGAAAUGAUGCAAAAUCUCAAUACAAUUCGUUUAACCAUUAGAUUUGAUGAAUUCAUUGAUCUAAUCAUGUCUAGAAGUAGUGCUUAAUCUAUAAACAAAAUUAACAUUAAAAAAUAAACUAUACUUGCAACAUCUGCAACUUACACAAAGAUGAUGGAAAAUUUUGACAAUUAUUGAAUUCAACAGAAAAUCACUUUUGUUCAAUCUCCCAAUCAAUUAAUUUAAAGAGUGCCAAGGUUUAAUUGAACAUGAAAAAGUACAUCCUCCAAACACCAAAUGGCGUGAAAUACAAUAAACCAUAAAUCAAAAUCUACAUUUCUUGGCCUAGUAAUUGAAUAACAGACUUGGAGAAGCACUAUUUUCACAGAUCUUGGACACUCAAACCUGCAAAUAUGAAAAAGAAUGGGAGGUAAUGGUCAACACUAAUGACCCAGAACAUCGAGAUGUUACAAUAAUAGAAACAACACUAAGAAUGAAAGGUAUAGUCAAGGCCAAGAACGAUAAGAAAGAACACUGGGACAACUUGUAAUGUUGCAAGAAUGACAGCAAUGGCAACAAUACUUCAUUUCAACUAUGUAUGUAUCUACAAUUUUCUAACAUGCUUGUUCAAUCAAGAAAAGAACAAAGGGAAUGGUCGGGACCAAGAACAUUGAGACGGAAACAAUAAGUCGUUGCAUCUACAAUUCUAUAACAUGCUGGUUCAAUCGAAACAAGAAAACAAGAGACUACUUCCAAUAAUGCAUAUCUAUCUACCUGGAGGAAGGGACUGCUUCAACUUGUCGGCUUUCUCAGCAUCAGACACACAAAGUGUGUACAAGUACUUGGAGCAACGGACCUUGAACUUCACUACAUCUUUGCUCUUUUUGAUCUUUACCGAGCGAGCAUCUUUCCUUCUAGCAGUGAGAAGGAAGUCCUUGAUCUCAUGAA